CGGACAGUCUUACUAGAUGGACCAGCUGGUGUUUACACGUGAGAUCUGUUCGCUCCUAAAGUCUCGAUGCAUUUAAAUAUUUAGUGUUGUUUAUAAGCCUUUUAAAUACAUGGUUUGUAUUUUUAAUAUUGACAAAACCUAAAUCGGUUGUGCAGAUUACGUCAAUACCGUAAAGAUUAAAUUGUCAGCUUAGCUCCUGCUACUUCGUUUUGCUCAGAUUGGAUCCAUUUCCAGAGAUUUUUAGAAUGUAUUAAUUUCCAGACACCAAUUUAAAAUGGGAAAGCUAAGGAAGAAACACAACUGGAAGGCAAGACAGCAAAGUGAUCCUCAACCCCAACCCGCAGAGCAGGGCAAAGCCGAGGUUGUGGUGGAACUGAACGAUGGGUCCUGGUUAAAGGGUGUAGAUGAGAGCAAUGCAUUGGUCCUCCCUUCCAAGAAAACCAAGAAGAAGAAAGCUGCAGUGACUCCUGCCUCCACCAAAAAGCUCCUCACCAGGAAACGGAGAAUAGAGCUGCAGAAGGUCCUGGAGCGUAAGGAGAAGAAAUCCAAGAGAGCAGACAUCCUGACCAAACUGGCUGAGGUUCAACUUCCAGAGUCUGAGCUGAAGAUGCUGUACACCACCUCUAAACUGGGCACAGGAGACAAACUUUACCAAGCUAAGCAGUCAUCAAAUGAACUAAAAGAGGACGACUCUGGUCCAAAGAUCAGCAGUGUCUGUGGAGCAAAUAGAAAAAGACAAUGGAAAGAUGAGGAGGAUGAAGAGGAUGAAAAAGCAGAGGAAAGCAGUGAUUUGGACUCUUCAUCUGAUGAUGAGGAUGAAGAUGAAGUGAAUAACACCUUAGAGGUGGGUAAAGAAAUGCAAACCUCAUCUCCAUGUCAGAAGACGGAGGAAGAACAGAAAGUAAUGGAGGAACAACAGAAAUCAAAACAAGAUGGACAGUGUGAGAAGACGUUUGCAGAACCAAACAAGCCCCUGUCACAGCCUGCUGUUUUCAUUCCUGUUGACAGAUCACCAGAAAUUCAGGAGGCUCGUCUGAAGCUGCCAAUUCUGUCGGAGGAGCAGAUCAUCAUGGAGGCAGUGAGAGAAAACCCCUUUGUCGUCAUCUGUGGUGAGACGGGAAGUGGAAAGACUACUCAAGUGCCACAGUUUCUAUAUGAAGCUGGUUAUGCCAGCGGCGAUGGGAUUAUUGGUAUCACUGAGCCGAGAAGAGUAGCAGCUGUAAAUAUGUCCCACAGAGUGGCCAAAGAAAUGAACCUGUCUACACGGGUGGUGUCUUAUCAGAUACGAUACGAAGGAAAUGUGACCGACGAGACCAAAAUUAAGUUCAUGACAGAUGGUGUUCUACUGAAGGAGAUUCAGAAGGAUUUCUUGCUCCAGAAAUACAGUGUGAUAAUCAUAGAUGAAGCACAUGAGAGGAGCGUGUACACAGACAUUCUCAUUGGACUGCUGUCUCGUAUCAUCCCACUCAGAAACAAGAAAGGCAUGCCCAUGAAGCUGCUCGUCAUGUCAGCUACUCUGCGGGUUGAGGACUUCACAGAAAACCAGAAGCUGUUUCGGACGCCCCCACCUGUUAUCAAGGUGGAUGCUCGCCAGUUUCCAGUCACCGUUCAUUUCAAUAAACGCACGCCGCUGGAGGAUUACACCGGAGAGGCCUUUCACAAGACCUGCAAGAUCCACCGGAUGCUGCCUCCAGGCGGGAUCCUGGUGUUUCUCACUGGUCAGCUAGAGGUUCACACUCUGUGCAAACGACUGAGAAAAGCUUUUCCCUUCAGGAAGGGAAAUCCAAAGGCUGGUGAGGAUGAAGAGGCAGACAGCUCAGAGGCCAUGAGGAAGUUUAAGAAGUCCAAACGAAAAAAGACUGUUUCUCUGCCCCAAAUCGACUUGAACAACUACUCUGUGCUGCCGGUAGAUGAGGGGGAUGAAGACAGGGAGGCAGGGAUUGGAGAUGAGGAAGAUGAAGGCUCGGACCUGGACAUUGGAGACGAUCCCCUUGAUGCAGAGGAGACAGCUGACCCAUCCAUUCCUCUCUAUGUACUUCCACUGUACUCUCUGCUGGCCCCUGAGCAGCAGGCCAAGGUGUUCAGGCCUCCUCCGCCUGGCACUCGCCUGUGUGUCGUAGCCACCAACGUAGCUGAGACGUCUCUGACCAUCCCUGGUAUCAAGUAUGUGGUCGACUGUGGGCGAGUUAAGAAACGUUUUUACGACCGAGUGACCGGAGUGUCAUCCUUUAAAGUCACAUGGACAUCGCAGGCCUCAGCUAAUCAGAGGGCAGGUAGAGCCGGACGGACAGAGCCGGGACACUGCUACAGGUUGUACUCGUCAGCAGUGUUUGGAGACUUCAGUUUGUUUUCCGAAGCAGAAAUCACUCGCAGGCCUGUGGAAGAUCUGGUCCUACAGAUGAAAGACCUCAACAUUGAUAAAGUGGUAAAUUUCCCCUUCCCCACUUCUCCAUCUGCUGAGGCUCUUGUUGCAGCGGAGCAGUUAUUGGUUUCUUUGGGAGCCCUGAAGGAGCCGCCUCGCACUGGAAGGGUAAAAGAAAUGCAGCAAGCAAGGCUGAGCUGUCCCAUCACCCCCCUGGGCAGAGCAAUGGCCUCAUUCCCUGUGGCACCACGUUAUGCUAAAAUGUUAGCACUUGGGAAGCAACAGGAUUGUCUCCCUUAUGUGAUUGCUGUAGUGGCAGCCAUGACCGUGCGGGAGAUCUUUGAAGACUUUGACAGACCUGCACAGAAUGAAGACGAGAGCUCGAAGCUCACUCAGCGUCGAGCACGGCUGACCCACAUGAGGAGAUUGUGGGCUGGACAAGGAGCCUCACUUCUGUUGGGGGAUCUUAUGGUCAUGCUGGGCGCUGUGGGCGCCUGUGAAUUUGCCGGCUGUACGCCAAGGUUUUGUGAGGACAAUGGCCUGAGGUAUAAAGCCAUGGUGGAGAUCCGUAAGCUCAGAGGACAACUUACAAACGCAGUGAAUGCAGUGUGUCCAGAAGUGGGCGUGUUUGUGGAUCCCAAAAUGGCUCCACCCACAGAGCACCAGGUGGUUUGCUUGCGCCAGAUUGUUCUGGCUGGACUUGGAGAUCAUCUUGCCAGGCGUGUACAGACAGAAGACCUAGUCGACCCAAAAUGGAAAAAUGGGUACAAGACGCCUCUCAUGGAUGAACCAGUUUUCAUUCAUCCAUCUUCAGCACUGUUUAAAAAACUGCCAGACUUUAUUGUCUACCAGGAAAUAAUGGAGACCUCUAAGAUGUAUAUGAAAGGCGUCUCAGCAGUAGAAGCAGAGUGGGUCCCUCAGCUUUUGCCCCAGUACUGUCAUUUUGGCUCCCCUCUGGAUGAACCAUCGCCAUGGUUUUGCUCGUCCACUGGGACCAUCAGAUGCCACCGUCCCAGCACUUUCUUUUGUGUGAGUUGGCAGCUGCCGGCAGUGGAGAAGGAGUAUCCGGACGGCCUGGAUCGCUACAAGCUCUUUGCCAGGUUCUUUCUUGAGGGACAGGUUUGUCCAGACUUAAAGAAGAACUGCAGCCACCUUCUGUCCAACCCCUCAAUCAUGUUGAAAACAUGGGCAAAGCUGCAGCCGAGGACAGAGGCUUUGCUGGGGCAGCUAGUGUCAAAGAGAGUUGAUUGCCGAGAUGCUCUCCUCACUACCUGGAAAACGGAAGACAAAUUCCUCUUGUCUGCAUACUGCCAGUGGUUACCUGAAUCCAUGCAUCAAGACGUAGCCGAAAGCUGGCCUCCUAAAUAAGAAUAUUCUAAACCUUUGGCCAGAGAAUGGGAUUCAGCAGACUCAGACGUUUUAAAAUGUUUUGCUGCUACAACAACAACAACAACAACACAACUUGGCUUUUUCACUAUACUUAUUUUAUAAACUAUAUCUGUGGACUAUACUACUACUAUUUUGUUAUCAGUGUGUUUCUCUCAACUACAUCUCCCAAUUUGGUCUUCAUAAGACUUAUUAAACUGUAUGUCUCAGAUAA